AUGGGCUUCUCGUUAUCCAGUUGGCGUUCGAAGCCGACAGCUAAGCCAGCUGUAGUUGAUGCUGAUCGCAACUAUACCUCCGAUAGCUCUGACCCUGCACUUCUUCGCGAUGGAAAUCUCGCUUUCACUCGUGUGCAGGGCGGCAAUGACUCCAAGCCGACUUAUCAAGAGGCUAUCGGAGCUCCAGUCGAAUCUAACUCUCCUUUGGGCUAUCAUGUUGGGUGGCUUACCAUCAUUUUUCUCAAUGUGAACCAGAUGAUUGGGACGGGUAUCUUUUCAACUCCCGGAAGCAUUCUCAACUCUACAGGCUCCGUUGGUCUCGCUUUGAUCUACUGGCUCAUCGGUUUUGUGAUGGCCAUAGCCGGAUUCUGCGUGUACCUCGAGUUUGCUAGUUAUUUCCCCAGCCGAUCCGGAGCAGAAGUCGUAUACCUCGAACAAGCCUUCCCACGUCCGAAGCAUUUCUUCCCAAUCGCAUAUGCAGUGCAGUCUGUGUUCUUGUCAUUUAGUAGCAGUAAUGCUAUUGUGUUGUCUAGAUAUCUUUGGCGGAUCGCUGGGAGGACGCCUAGUGAUUGGGAGAUGAAGGGUGUGGCCAUUGCUGCCUACACACUUGCUGUUAUCUGUGUCAUUGCUCACAACAAAUACUCUCUUUGGGCUGUCAACGUUCUCGGAUUCAUCAAGAUCAUCACUCUCAUUUUUAUAUCCAUCACCGGUUUCGUUGUCCUAGGCGGAAACGUCUCUUCAAUCCCCGACCCCAAUGCCAAUUUCCGCAAUUCCUUCGAGGGCACAACCGAUAACGGAAAUGAUCUCUCGACAGCUCUUGUCAACAUUGUGUUCUCGUACACUGGCUAUGCGAAUGCUUUCUCCGUGGUCAACGAGGUCAAGAAGCCUGUUCCCACAAUCAAGAAGUACGGCUUUAUCUCCGUUAUUUUGGUAGCCGUUUUGUACAUGCUGUGCAACGUCGCGUACUUUGCUGCAGUCCCCAAAAAGGAAUUCGCAGAGUCCAACGAAAUCGCAGCGGCUGUCUUCUUCACAACUGUCUUUGGAAGUGGUGGUGCUGUCACAGCUUUGAACGUACUUGUACUGCUUAGUGCUUAUGGGAACCUUCUCGCUACGUUGAUCGGUGCCUCGCGAAUGAUUCGUGAGAUUGGACGCCAAGGCGUUCUUCCCUUCACUACUUUCUGGGUAUCAACUAAGCCUUUUGGUACCCCGAUUGGGCCAUAUCUGUUGAAGUGGGCUAUGACUUUCAUCAUGAUUGUCGCUCCCCCAGCCGGUGAUGCGUUCCAAUUUGUUGUAUCACUCAAAACUUAUCCCGAGGGCUGUUUUCAACUCGCGAUGAGUAUUGGUCUGUACAUUAUCCGACGUCGCAACAAGCAUGUGGGACGAGGACGACCCGAGUUCAAGGCUUGGGACGUAGCUGCUAUCUUUUUUAUCCUUAUCCAGAUCUUCGUUAUCGCUAUGCCUUGGUACCCUCCCAAGGGUGGUCCUUAUGCCGGCGAUGUCAGCUUUUGGUACGCGACUUAUUGCGUGGUCGGUAUUGCAAUUAUGGUUCUGUGCGGUAUCUACUACGUCUUCUGGAUUUGUAUCAUUCCGAAAUGGAGGGGCUACAUCAUUCGACCUGAAGUAGUGGAAGUUGACAGCAAUGGUGCAAACACUCACCGUCUGGUCAGAGUACCUGCUCUUGAGAUUGAGAAGUGGGAUGCGGAACAUGACGAGGCUGGAAACCUGAGACAACGCCACGUCGCUGGUAGUUCCGUGGAGAAAGAGACUGUGCUCACUAAUAAGGAGACUUGA